CAUGUGGCGUUAUGGGGCUGGUCUGGUUGGCUGCGGUGCGGUGGGGGGGCGGUUGCUGUGGAGACGGAGUGACAGGAGAUUAAGGUUGGAGACAAAGUUUCCGGGUGGCUGGUGGCCUUUGCGAUGCUGAAAAUGCCAGCGAAUGGGAGAGAGUCGCCCCCGGAGCAGGAUUUCUUCAAGGAUGCCACAUUCCCUGCCUGUGACUCUUCCCUCUUUUGUACCUUUUCCACUCCCCUGGCUCAGUUCCGAGAAGAUAUCACCUGGCUUCGACCACAGGAAAUUUGUUCCACACCUCGACUGUUCCCAGAUAACCCACAGGAAGGCCAGAUAAAGCAGGGGAUUCUGGGAGACUGCUGGUUCCUCUGUGCCUGUGCAGCCCUCCAGAAGAGCAAACAUCUCCUGGAUCAGGUGAUUCCCCCAGGGCAGCCCAGCUGGCCGGAUCCAGCCUACCGGGGGUGUUUGACCUGUCGGGUGUGGCAGUUUGGACAGUGGGUGGAGGUGACCGUGGAUGACCGCCUGCCUUGCCGGGGGAGACUGUGCUUUUCCCAGUGUCAGACGGAAGAUGUGUUCUGGCUCCCCCUGCUGGAAAAGGUGUAUGCCAAGGUCUAUGGGUCCUAUGAACAUCUGUGGGCAGGGCAGGUGGCAGAUGCCCUGGUGGAUCUAACUGGAGGUCUGGCGGAAAGGUGGAGCCUGAAGGACCCAGGAUGGAGCGGGGACAAGCUGAGCAGUCCCAGCAGCUUGGAGCAGAGGACCUUCCACAGGCUGCUGGACUUCAAGGACCAGUGUGUGAUCAGCUGCUCCGUCCUCAGCUCCCGGGAAGGUGCCAGUGAAUUAGGGGAGUUUCACGCCUUCAUCAUCUCAGACGUUCGGGAGCUCCGCAGCAGUUUGGGCAGGGAGCUGCUGCUGCUCCGGAUUCUGAACCCGUGGGGUCGGCGGUGCUGGCGGGGGCCCUGGAGAGAGGAGGGUGAAGGAUGGGACCAGUUAGACCCAGCAGAUGCUUCCGAACUCUUGUCCCAGCUCCAGGAAGGGGAAUUUUGGGUUGAAGAAGAGGAGUUUAUCAGGGAGUUUGAUGAGAUCACCAUCAGCUACCCAAUCACAGAGGAGGGCCACCUGCAGAGCCUCUACACUGCAAAGGUGUUACAUCACACUCAGAAGCUGCCUGGGGCCUGGGUGAAAGGGCAGUCUGCAGGAGGUUGCCGUAACAACAGCAGUUUCCCUAGCAAUCCCAAAUUCUGGCUGCGGGUCUUGGAACCAAGUGAGGUAUGCAUUGCCCUCCUGCAGAGACCCCGAAUGUGCCAGGCCGACUGGGCAGGCAGGAUCCUGGCCCCAGCUCCAAGCAGAGGCAGCAGGCCAGCCCUGGGCCCGCAGGGCCUCCCUGGGAAGGACUACCAAGCAGUGGGACUCCACGUGUGGAAGGUGGAGAAGAAGCGGGUCAGUCUGCCCGGGGUCCUGUCUGCCCCGCCUGUGGCAGGCACUGCCUGCCAUGCAUAUGACCGGGAAGUCCACCUGCGCUGUGCCCUCUCUGCUGGUUACUACUUGGUGGUUCCCAGCACCUUCCUGAAGGAUGCCGCUGGGCACUUCCUGCUGCGAGUGUUUUCCAGUGGCAGGAUAUCGCUCAGUGAAAUCAAGCCAGCCUCUGGUAGUGCCUCCCCCUGUGAAGACUUUCCUGCUGGGGAGUGGGAGACAGUGCAGCUGAAAGGAUGCUGGAGCAGCGGGCGCUCUGCGGGGGGCAGCAGGAACUUUUCAUCCUAUCCCAGCAAUCCCUGCUUCCCUGUCUUCGUCCCUGGGCACGGGCCCCGCAGCAUCCGAGUCACGUUGCGCCAGCACUGCCAAGACAGUGAGUGUCACCCAAUUGGCUUCCACAUCUUCCAGAUGCCAGAGAGCGGCUGGCCGCGGGGUGCUUCUUCCCUGCUCCAGCUCAAGCCCUUGGUCAGCUGCGUGCCUCACCGCUACGCGCAGGAAGUAAGCCACCUGUGUCGCCUCUCGUCGGGCAGUUACAAGAUCGUGCCCUCCACCUACCUGCCUGAUACAGAGGGAGACUUCACCCUUAUCAUAGCAACCCAGAUAGACAGGAGGCCUAUCCGGAGCCAGGAGAAGCUGGGGCAGCUCCUGCGGGAGGUCUCCUUCACAGCAGUGAUGAAAAGGUAACUGGAAAUGUCCCAAGUGAGAGCAUUCCGGUAAUGAGCAUAGAGCUGCUGUCUGUUGUGCUCACUGACUGUCUAGAAACACCCUGGACCCAGCUCUUCUCCUGGCAGUGUCUGGCCCAGUCUCCUGCUGCUCCUCCCCAGGAGAAGCACCUGCUCCCAGGUGCCCCACAACUGGACCCACUCAUAGUCUACCUACCUCAUCUCUUCACUCAGCUCCAUGUUGCCGAUUUUACAAGAUGUUGACUUCAUAGAAACCUCAUUGUACUUGACUGUGAAAAGGUGAAGAGUGAUGUCGCCUCUCAUAGAGAAACCUCAGGCUUGUGGGAAGCCAGGAAAGCUCCUCCCCGGAGGCACAGCCCCCAGAUGCCAGGGUUCCGGAGGUGGGGAAGUCACUGGGGACUUCGGGACAAUCUUGGAUUGAGAAUUGGAUCUUUCCAUCGAUGAUGUGAUUCCGCGCUGGUAGGGACCUUCGGGAAACCAUUUUACAAAUGAGGAGACAAACUCAGAAGUCUCCCUCCGGCCCCCCAUCCUGCACUCCACCCACCGUCCUCUUGUAAUGGGGGAUGAAGGCAGAAGGGCUUAGGGCAGGCCAAGGACGGCUCCAGAUCACAGCAGCGCAGCCCGAGGGGUGGCAAGCAAGGGCUGGCCAUACUCCAUCCUCUUGUAAUGGGGGAUGAAGACAGAAGGGCUUAGGGCAGGCCGAGGACGGCUCCAGAUCACAGCAGCUCAGCCCGAGGGGUAGCAAGCAAGGGCUGGCCAUACUCUGUGUGCUUUGAGCUAUGUUAGGAACAAGAGGAGGAUCAGAGCAGGGCUAUGUGGCCACUGCCAUCCAAGGCUGGCUCAAGGAUGAUGGGCAGCAGAGGGAAGGCAGAGGGGCUCCAGAUGUGCUUCUGCUUUCUCUGUCAAAAAGUACCUUUGGACUAGUGGUUGAAACCCAAGAUGAAUACGGAAAUGGAAACAAGGCCAUUGGCCUCCCCAGUGCGUUCAAGUCACGCAGCCCAGACAAGCUGCGGCAGGGGUGCUGGUCUCUGGAAAACUUCGGGAGAACAACUGGAAAAGGGAAAUGUCUGGAUUUUCAAAAUGGGGAACAGGGGAGAGCCUUUUUGGGAUUUACCAUACAAGUGGCUUGUGAGUGCUGGUCACUUAGAUCCAUUGAGUUCAGCAAACAUUAAGUGCCCACUUUGUGCAGGACAAUCUGCCGGAAACUGGGGAUAAAAAGACAACGAAACAGGCGCCGCCCUCGAGGAACUGACUUUUCCGUGGGGCCGAAGCCCAGCUAAAGGCAUGUCGAGGACUUGGAGGAGGACAGCAUCCAUGUGAAUAGGGAGGUGAGGGUUAGGUUUCAUGGAGAAGGCAGUGAACCACUGAGCUUGGAAUGGAGCACUGGGCGGAAGCUGAAGAAAUUAUUUUGGCUUGUUAUGGGAGCUGGCCAAGAGGGCAGCAGGGUGCCUGUCAGCUGGAGGGUGCCCACUCCCUGGACAUGGCUUGUCACAGAUAUCAUAGAGGGGAUUCCUGUUCAGGAAUCAGCUGGACUGGACGGACCCUGUGGUCUCUUCCAGCACAAGACUGAAUGAACCCAGUUCUCAACGAGCCAAUAGUCUGUUUGCAAGGACUUGUGACUUUCAUCGGUAUGGGUACUCACCCCAUGGAUGCAGAUUGCAACCCGCUUCUCACAUCAUCUCACAUGGUGACCUGAGGUGCAGAGAAGCUAAGGGCAGGCCCCUGGACACACAGGUGGUCAGUGUCAGCAUAUAACCCAGGUCUUCCAGCCUCCCAAGUCCAGCACUGUGUCCUCUACAUUGCACUGCCUCUUCUGAUGUUUGCAGUAUUCUAAAUCAUCUCCUGGUGAAUUCAGAGAGGUGCUCUAGCAUCAGGAAGAAAUUUAUUGUAAAGCUGUUUCUUACUUGAAACAUUUUUAAGAUUGUAAUUUUUGUAAUAAACACAUGAAAAACA